AUGGACAGAGACAUCAAGGUGGAGGUUUUUGCCUUUACGUCAAUGACCGAUGGUGUCAGGCUAGACAUGUCACGGCGACUGAGAAGACAGAUGUUUUCAGAUACACAUGAAGUGACGUUGCCGUGGUGUUUUCUGCAGAUGUUUUGUAUCUACACAUGUAGCUGUGUUGAGUUAUGCAGUUUAACAGCUAUGGCCUAUGACAGAUAUGUCUGUAUCUGUUAUCCUUUACACUACAAUGUUGUUAUGAACAACAAGAGAGUAGGUAAGAUCAUUCUGCUUGUUUGGAUUUAUUCAUUUACUAGCUAUAUGUUCUCAUUUUCAUUCAUCAUCCCUUUGACAUUUUGUGGAAAUGUCAUUGACAAAGUGUUUUGUGACCAACAAACCUGGUCCCUUGUUAAACUUGCCUGUGGCUCAACGAGAACAAACGACAUAUUUGGAUUGAUUGUCAUUGCUUUUUAUUGUGUGCAUUUCCUCUUCAUUGUGUGUUCUUACGUGCAGUUGGUAAAAUCUGCUUUAAAGUCCACAAAGGGCAAGAGAAAGUUCACACGGACAUGUGUGCCACAUUUGUUGUGUCUGCUUAAUGUCUCUGUUGCUUUGCUGUUUGAUGUUAUGUACUCGAGGUAUGGAUCUGCAUCUGUGCCACAAAGUGUAAAAAACUUCUUCGCCAUACAAUUUAUCGUAAUUCCACCAAUUUUAAACCCUAUUAUUUAUGGACUGAUACUGACUAAAAUACGAAACAGAAUAAUAUAUUUGUGUGGGAUGGCAGGUCAAAGGUUUCAAUUGAGAGUGAAGGUUUGA